AUGAUUGAUGUGGGGGAGUUAAAGCAGCGAUACGAAGCCGUGAGGGCUAUUGAUAAUAGCAAGGAUACUGUUAUCGAGGAGCUCUUUUUUAAGGUCGAGCAGCUUCGGAACAGUCUCAAACAAGAGAAAGACGAGCUUGAAGAUCAAAAGAGACUGGUGCGUGAUUACAAAGAGGAUUCUAAGAAGAAUCAGGAUGAGCUCCGAAAGAUGCAUGAAGAUCAAGCGAGGUUGAGCUAUGUUUCAGUGCUCAUUGAUGGCGACGGUAUGAAUUUCUUAGAUACGCUUGUUCAAGAUGGGAAAACUGGAGGUCAAGAGGCUGCCAAGCUUCUGAAAGAAGCUGUUCAGAACCAUGCCCAAGAGGCCGAGCCGAAGCCUAGCUCCAACGUCCAAUACAAGAUCCGUGUCUACGCAAACGUGAGAGGACUGGCCAAAGUGUACCACAGGGCCAGCAUUAUUGAUUCUGAGGAUGUCUUGGAAUCAUUCAUUCAAGGUUUUAAUAUGGAGAACAUGUUGUGUGACUUUGUGGAUGUGGGUAAGGCUAAAGAGGGCUCUGAUGCGAAAAUUCGAGCUCUCUUCGAAUAUGAUCUUAUUGAUGUUCAUUGUCUAUGUAUUGUCUUUGGUGGUUCUGGGGACAAUGGCUAUGCGCACAUGUUAAGGCCCUAUCGCGGAUCGGAUCGCAUCUCACUCGUCGAGGGCCCCCCGUUCGAACAAGAAUUGAAAGCUUUGAAAGAUGGCUUCAGGAUCAUAUCAUUCGGCAAUCACAUCGAUGGUGCCGAGAACACCGCCUCCGAAUUAUGCAUCCAUGGUCAGGUCGGUACCUCAAUCACAAUCCGAGACAAACAAUGGACCCUCGGCAUCAAAUGGCAUUCCUGGAAGCCCUAG